AUGGCGCGGUUGGGGGAUCCUGUGCGGAGGCUGUUAGCCAUCUAUACUGGCGGCACCAUCGGCAUGCGGAGCCAGGAGGGCGUGCUGGUUCCUGGAAGCAAUCUGUUAACUGCUCUGAGGAAGCUACCCAUGUUUAAUGAUGAGGAAUACUCUCGAGAACACCAGCUACCAGCAGAUACUCUGGCCCUUCCCCUCAGCAACCAAAACCAACGGAUUCUAUAUACCAUCCUGGAAUAUGACCCACUUUUUGACUCCAGUGACAUGACAAUUAACGAGUGGAUUAGAAUUGCAAAGGACAUUGAGAGGAAUUAUGAGCAGUAUUUUGGCUUUGUAAUCAUCCACGGCACAGACACCAUGGCCUUUGCCUCCUCCAUGCUCUCCUUCAUUCUAGGGAACCUUCAGAAAACUGUCAUCCUCACAGGCGCUCAGGUCCCCAUCCACACUCUUUGGAAUGAUGGCCGGGAGAACCUGCUUGGUGGCCUCCUCAUGGCCGGACAUUAUGUGAUUCCAGAGGUCUGCCUCUUCUUUCAAAACCAGCUGUACCGGGGGAACCGGGUGACAAAGGUGGAUUCUCAACGGUUUGCAGCCUUCUGCUCACCCAACCUGCCUCCACUUGCCAUCAUUGGUGCUGAUACCACAGUCAACCGUGAACUCAUUCUGAAGGCAAGUAUGAACAAACAACUUGUGGUGCACAGCAGCACGGAGAGAAAUGUUGGCGUCCUGCGGCUCUAUCCUGGGAUUACUGCGGCCAUGGUGAAGGCCUUCCUACAGCCCCCCAUGAAGGGGGUGGUGAUGGAGACUUUUGGCUCAGGCAAUGGACCAACCAACCCUGAUCUGCUUUGGGAGCUGAAGAAGGCCACAGAGAGUGGAAUGGUCAUUGUCAACUGUACCCACUGCUUACAGGGUUCUGUGACCUCAGAAUAUGCAACUGGCAUGGCUUUAUCAGGUAUUGGCAUCAUCUCUGGGUCUGAUAUGACAUCUGAGGCAGCCUUGGCCAAGCUCUCUUAUGUGCUGGGCCGUGAUGACCUCAGCCUGGAGGACAAGAAGAAGCUACUGACCAAGAACUUGAGAGGGGAGAUGACUCCCCUGCCUAAAGAUGUCCAGGUCUCACUUCGGGACAGCAAGUUUGUCCAACUCAUCGCCAACCUCCUCUACCUGAACUGCAGCCAGGACCUUGAUGCUGUAAGAGACUCUCUGACUCCUACCUUGGCCUGUGCUGCAGCCCGAAUGGGGGACAUGGAGGCCCUGGAAGUCAUCAUCGAACUGGGUGGGAACCUGAGUGAGAGUGACUUUGAUGGCCGCACUCCCCUGCACAUGGCUGCCCGGGGUGGGCAUGUGGGUGCUGUCCAGUGCCUUCUGAGGAAUGGAGCAAAGGUGAAUAGCUGGGACAGUGACAGGAGCAGCCCACUGUUGAUGGCCAUUAAGGGCAGGCACAGAGAUGUCAUCCGGCUCCUCAGGGAUGCAGGUGCUCAGCUGUCUCCUCAGGAGCUUCAGGGUGCAGGGACUGAGCUCUGCAGGUUGGCUGCGAGCGGUGACAGGGAUGGGCUGAUAGCGUGGCAACAGGCAGGCGUGGACCUAUUCCAGACGGGAUAUGAUGGGCAAACCCCACUGCAAGUUGCAGAAUCUGCUGGGAAUCACGAGUUGGUGAGUCUCCUGAGAGCACUCGGGAUGGAGACCAGGUCUGACAUACUGUGAUGCUUCCUACACUCAGAAGAGAGGGAGAACAUUUGAGAAACUGCUGCCUGAGACCCUCCAUUGCUGGUGCUGAACUUGCCUUCCCUCCUCCUGCUAUUAGUGGCUGGGGGAGGAAAGGAGUCAGAGUGGGUGAUGGGGGAAGAGGAGAAACUCCCUGCUUCCCACUUUGCCCUUUCCCUCCUCUACCACUGCCUCCAAGCGCCCAGGAUACCCAAAUCCUUUGUGGUUUUAAGCUCCGUUGUCUGUUAGUUAUUUCAUGCAUCACUUUUCUAUGUCUCCUCACUGCACCUCUGUGACCCUUGACAAGUUAUUUAUACUUCCAAAAUGAGAUUAGGGCACUGCAACCUACUUUAUAUAUGCAUCUUCGGUUCCAGUUGACAUUUAUUUUUAUGUUUUUUUUUUCUUCAUCAGAGGCAAUAAUGUCCAUAUGAGGACAAAAGCUCACACCGAUUAGGAAUUGACUUUUUUUUUAAGCUGAUUUGAAAGAAAAAAAAGAUUCAGUAUUGAUGUUGUUUGUUACAAUACCUGUCUAAAUUUGUCCACUGUGUUUAAUUUAAGAUUAUUUUGGCAUGUCAAAAGAUUUUCUAUAUAUAUAUAAUACACACACACACAUACAUGUAAACAGCUUUGUAUCACCCUAAAGUUCUAGGUUUUUUUUUUUUCUUAAAAGAAGGCUAUUUGCUAAUGGCAGGUAUCUUAGUUAUUAUCAUAUCUGUCAUGGAAUAUAAAAAAGCACUCAUCCAGCAUUGUAUUUUGUACCUUGAAAGUUAGUCUAUUUGAAUAAAAACAGCUUAUUGGACAUACAGUGUGAUAAAAUUAGUAAGAGUCACAGUCUUGAAAUCAUAAGAAUUGAUUUUGGGUUCUACCUUUUAUCACUUAUUUGCUAUGUGACCUUGGGCAAGUUCCCUUUCUUCCCUGUCUCUGGUCUCAGUUUACCUGUUUCAAAAAUCAGAUGAUUGGGUGAAAUGGUAUCCAAGACCCCUUUUGGUUUUAACAUUGUUUAAAAAACUUCAGGGGGCAGCUAGGUGGCGCAGUGGAUAGAGCACCAGCCCUGGAUUCAGGAGAACCUGAGUUCAAAUCCGGCC